CAGCCUGACUCCAUCCCCAGAGCCGUCGAGCAGCGAGCAUCCCAGCAUCAUUAUGAGAGGCAGAGGUUUUGAUGGCUUUGUGGGGCUGUCCUGGUGCCAGCAACAACCUUACUGAUUAAGUUGCAUUACUGUAUCACCUCCCCCCAAAAAAAGCCUUACCACUGGUUGAGGUGUGAGUGGAGAACUCUUAAAAGCAGCUACAGGUAUUUGGAGUCUUCCAUCGAGAGCUGCCGAAGAGUCAAGGAAUCGGAGAUCAACAUAGUUCAGCGCUGCAAUAGCGUCGUGGUCGUGGUAACUGGCGCUCUUCUGCUCCCCAAAACGAUUCUCCACCCCAAGUUGACCCAUUCCCUGCACCAGCAGUGAACGAUCGGCAACCCCCAUCAAUGGACUACUAUCAACAAAAUAAUCCAGCUCCACCUCUAGACGUUAAAAUGGAUGUUGCUAAUGAGGUUCCCGUGUCUGAUAGUGACACCUCAAUGCAGGAGGGAGAACAGCAGCCAGAAAACAGGAAACGUCCCUGGGAGAAGCCAGGAGGCAUCAAGAUCAAGAGAAAGAAGGUGCCAGGAGCCAAGAAUCUUAAGAUCCGGAGGUAUGUGCAGCCUAAGAAUGCAGUUAUGUGCCUCAACGAACUUCGGCCUGGAGUGACGUACACAACGGAGCAGGAGGGAGGAGUCGGUCAACCAUUCUGUAUAUCUGUAGAGGUAUCUAAUGGGGUGGACACUCAAAAAUAUAGAGGCUUUGGGUCGUCUAAGCAACUAGCGAAGCAGGCAGCAGCAGAAGCGGCACUAAUAAGCUUUGUGAAACCACCCGUCACUGCAAAUUCUACAGAAAAUCAAGAGGAAGAUAAAACCCCUUGGGCUACGCUUGCAUCAUUUGCCAUAUAUAAACUGUUUAACGAUUGGCGUGAGGGUAGAGUUGGUAUGUGCCCUCCCCCUGCCCAGCCUUACGGCACUGCAGUUCCACCUGGAUUUCAAGCAUUCCUAAAUCAGCCUGUCGGAGGAGGAAGUGCAGUCAAGGAGGAGUCUCCACAAGCUGCUGCAUUUGCUGAAGCAAUAUGUGCUCAUCUAGGAGGUCGUGCACCUAGUGCUACUGGCACUGAUGUGAAACCGGAUACAAAUUCAGCUUUCCAGGCGACAGAACCUGUGAAAGUUCCAAAUCCAGCCAAGCAAGUCCCUGAAAAUGCUGCCGGAAUGCAUCCUGUCAUGGUCCUGCAUCAGAUGAAACCUGGGUUGCAGUACACAGUUUCUCAGACAAUGCGCGAGGGCAAGACAUUCUUUAGUGUUACGGUUGACAUUGACGGGAAGGAGUUUGUUGGAGAAGGACCAAAUGUGAAAAAAGCAAAGUUCUUCUUGGCCAAAGAAGCAAUAUCAGGACUGUAUGGUGUCGAGUCAACUUUUGAAACACCUGCCUAAUUUGGCAACACAUGACUUAAGAAUGGUGUUUUCUGCCAUUCUUAAUUUUGAAUAAGGUAACCAAAGUUGUACAGUGAUGUUUGUCACACUUUAAUCAUUAGAGUAUCCCACAAGCGUAUAAAUUUGCUAGGUAGCCCGUUACCUACAAUGAUGGCACUUGAUAGCUAUUGUAGACCCUUUAAAGUUUGGCAAUGAAUUUUAAUAACCCAUGUGAAUCAAGUUGAUCAGUUAUGUUACUGUAUAAAUACUUAAAAAUUAUCUAAGAGGUAAAUAGUUAUUUGGGCAGUUCAUAACACAUGGUUUGCUUUUUAUAAGCAAUUUGAUCCUGAUAAAACUUGCUGUGCUUAUGUACAUCACAAGAUAAUGGAAUUGGUCAAUUUCAUUUUUGUUUUAUUUAAAUAUCAAUGUUCAUUUUCUUACUCUAAAGAAUGUCUCUUACCAAAUAGAAGUGAAUAUUCUAAUGAAUGUAUUUUCUAUGUUUGAAAAGUAUGAAAUAGAAAAAUUUAGGAAAUAAAAAAUAGUAAAAUUGAA